UUCAGAGCGAUCAUAAUAUUCCAUUAAUGAUUUCAAAGAAGAACGCAAGCAGGGAUUCCUCUCACAACUACAGACAGCCAAACAGUAGUGCCAAAAAGAAGCAGAAUAGAGGAGCAAGCGAGAUCUAUGGAGUUUAUACAAAUCUGCCCGAUAUCAAGAAAUUACAAAGAAGUAGUGGUACUUCAUUGAAGAAUGGUGGAAAAGAAAUCAUCAAAAAUAAUCCACACAGAACAUCUAAAGGGUUCUUCAAUGGACUGGAAUCCUGUAUAAAAUAAUGCAAAACACCAGGAUGCAUCAUUCAAAUGAAAGAAUCGUAUAACACCAAUGGGGCAUGUGAAGGAGUACUCCAAGAUCCAGCUUGAGUCUUCCAAGAAGAAAGAUUUUGCUAAUCUUUCAAAAAAAUCUUCUUGCACAACUUAUCCUAACAAGGCCAAGCAUUUAGCAGGUACAAAAGAGAAGACGAGUCAUUGCCAUAAGUUUAAAAAAUAAGAAGUCCUUUAACAGAUUCAAAGCAGAGAUUCAAAAGAUCCAAAAACACCAGGAUCAGUAUUUAAAUCAGGAUGUCAAAGAUAGGCACUCUGAGCAGCUGAAUUACAACGAGAUCAACCCUAGUAGGACUUUUAGACACAAAAAUCCACCGACUAAGAUCGUACCCAAGAGCACACAGAAUUUGAACUACUCAAUAAUUGAUAAGAACUCUAAAGCAAUUACAUUGCCAAAUCUGACUGAAAAGGGCGAUAACGAUCUUGAUGCCAUGAACAAUAUUAUCACGAAUUAUCUGGCUUGUGAGAGCAGGACUGAGAAUGACAGGGGGUCUUCCCCCUAUCAUAAUGAAGACACUAUGACGAGGAAUACCAAGCUCAAGCAGCCUUUUUGUGCUAAUAAGUCCCUUGAGAGCAUUUCUACGGAGAAGGGAAAUGCUAAAUUCUCUGAAAAUAGGAAAAGGAAGCAAACCGCUCACUCUAAUUAUGUUAAUUGCCAGACUGAAGAUACAACUAAGAAGACCGAAUCAGACCUAAAAACACCUAGAAAUAGGAGAAAUAUAAUCGGAAAUAGAACAGAAUCUAAAGGAGACUCAAGAUUCUCGGCUAAGAGAAGAGAAAAUCAUGAGAAUGAUUACAGUGUCUCUCGUAGCAAUGCAUUCUCUUCAACUCAAAAUCCUAAAUCAAGCGGAGUGGUUGCUUAUAAAUAUUCAGUUAGGAAAAGCAACUUCCAAUUCACACAUAAUAAAAGGUCUGAUGAGAUCAGGAUUAAAAAUUGAGCAAUCAGAGGGAAAAAGAGAAGAUCAAUGAUGAAGAAACUUAACAACAGUAAUUACUCAAUCAACAUCAAGGAUGAAGCCCAUAGAACUACCGGGAUUCGGAUCAAAUACAAAAAUUCCAGCGUUGAAGAUAUCAACAGAGGCAAAUUCUCUGUUGACAUUCCGAAACAUAAGGGCGCUAGAAAAGAAGAGAAAAAGUAUAAGCUCGAAGACUUUACUGUUACUUCCAUCCUUGGCUUCGGCACAUUUGGGUCUGUCUUACUGGUCAAACUGAGCAAAGAUACGCCACCUUAUGCUUUAAAGGUAAUAAAAUAAAUCGAAAUUAAAUCUUUACAAGAACAAAAAGCAAGUGGAGCACCUGAAAAAUGAAAAAGCAGUGCUAAAGCUGCUCUCUACACAUGCGAGCUCCUCCAACGCUAUGAUAAAGAUGUAUGAAACUUUACAAGAUUCUGUUGGGUUCUACUUCCUUACUGAUUACAUCCCUGGAGGAGAGUUGUCUACAUAUCUAAGUACAAAGCUGACUAUCAGUAAUUCAGGAGUCCAAUUUUACAUGGCUGAGGUAAUAGUCGCCCUUGAGCAGCUUCAUGAACUCAAUAUUGUCUACAGAGACCUAAAGACCGAGAACAUAAUGAUUGACAAGGAUGGGCAUAUUAAAUUAGUAGAUUACGGGUUUUCUAAAAUUCUGAAAAAGUCAGUAACCUAUACUUGCUGAGGAACUCCUAACUAUAUGGCUCCAGAGAUAAUUAAAUAAGUGUGGUCAUGAUACUAAAAGUGAUAUAUGGGCUCUUGGAGUCCUGUUCUGUGAGAUAAUAGGGAGGUUUCCUCCUUUUCAUGACCAAAACCCCCUGAAAUUAUGCGAAAAUAUCCUCCAUUGCAGAAUUAAAUGGCCUAGAAAUAUGACUAAAAUCGCAAGAGACCUUGCAACCAUGAUGCUUGUUGUUGAUCCUGAAGGAAGAUCAAGCCUAGAAGACAUCAAGAAUCACCUUUUCUUCAAGGGAGUCGACUGGGAAGCGGUAAAAACAAGAGAAGUAAAGCCAUAUUUCAUCCCAGAAUUAAAGGAUGACAAUGACAUCCAGUACUUCAAGACUAAACUAACUGAAAAGGAAAGAUUAAAAAUAGAAGAAAGUGAGAACCCUCUUGGAGUAGCUGAAUAUCUUGAAAUGCAACCAAGAGAUGUUACUGAGAACACAUUCAUCAACUCAGGUCUUACAAUGACUACAAAGAACUGGAUUGAUAACUUUUAACCCAAUUCUUUAUCUGAACCCAAUUUUUAUAGUUUAAAUCACCUAAAUUCAAC